UUUAAUUACAAAAAACAAACCGUAGACAAUAUUGCAAACUAGUUUUUUGAAUUGUCUAGAUUCUAGAACAAGGUUAGAUAACUGUAUCUGGAGCUAGAAUGUAAAGUUACGUGUUCAUAGUUACUUAUCUAUAUUUAUUCUUUAUUUAGUACCUUGUUUUCAUAAUUAUAAUUGAAUGCUCACUUUGUUUUAUGUGUUACCGGCUGCCGACUUUUGUGUUAAUUAAUUCUGCAGAUGAAAAUAUAUUCUGUGAACGAUCAAAAAAUCAUUUAUCACAUCAUUAAAUAUUACCUAUCACAUUUAAUAAAGGUAAACAUUCCGUGGUUGUACCAAUUUUUUUCCAUGUUUAAUAUAUUUGAAGAAUUAUGCACUCUAAUAUACCUAAACAAUGCUCAAAUUAAAAAUAUAACAGAAUAGGGACUAUGAGACUUAACCCCAGAGGGAGAACCCCCUCUUACAACACUUCAAACAUAAUUUGAUAGUUACUUAGAAAUUCAUAAAACAAAAUACACAAAUACUUCUAUGAUUUAUAUACCUAUUUUUUUUAUAGGUAUUUAUUUAUUUUGUGUAUGUUUUAAGACUAUUAAUAUUAUGUAUAAGUAUUUAAUUUAAACUAAUUUUAUUUUUAGAAAAAAAAUUUUAUUUUUGUGAAAAAAAUACAGUGUUUAGAUUUUUGUUAAAUUGCUUACUUUUUUACCACACAUUAAAAAAUGCAUAUAAUAUAAUAAUGAUCAUAUUUUUUAACAACUAUAAUAUUUAUAAUAUUUUUAAAAUAUAUAUAUAGAGUUGGUAAUAUAUGUUUUUUGAAAAUGUCAUUACUUGCAAAAAGAGUUGUCUCCAAAGAAAAGAAAAGAAGUAGAGUAAUUCCCCUCCCCUUCCUCUAAUUCAAACAUAGUAACUAAAUUUUUUUAGGUAGCUACCUGUAUGAACCCUUUUUAUGUGCAUAUAAUCUGCUGUUGUCUUUUAUUAUUAUAUGUUUUACAUUUUAAAGCACUACUUCUCUAACUAAUCCUUAAAAAUAUUUUAUCAUUUUACUUUUUGAGUAAUAUUUACCUAAUAAAUACUAGUGUGGUUAUUAUAUUAUUAUUGUUUAUUAUUACACAGAUUACAAUAUAAUUAAAAUAUUAAAAUUGGUAUAUCUAUUCUAAUUUAUCAUAUUAGUAAUUUUUUUUAAUUGUUUGAAUGUGAUUGAUUAUUUGAACUAAUUAGUAAUGAAUUUUAUAACUUACAUCAUACUUUUUAAACAAUAUAAAAGUCAUGGUUACCUAUUUUAUUAUUGAUACCUAACUAACCUAUUAUUAAAAUUUGAUAAUUUUUUUUAAUUCUUUGAAGUACAAAUUCCUUUUACCAGACAAUAAUUUUGGUUAAUUAUAAAUUUUGUGAUUUUCACUUAAAAUAAGCUGUUAUUAAUUAAUUAAAUUUAAAUUUUGUUUUAAUUUUCUGUUUGAAAUUAUUUUAAUUUUUCAUUUUUAAUUUUCUGUUUUUACAGAAAAAUUUUUUACUUAAUUGAAAAAUAUUUAUAGUGUGAUGGAAAAAAGAGAUUGGCCACUAUUCGUAUAUGGUGGUUUUUCAUCGUGUAUUGCAGAACUAAGUAACUUAUGAGACAUAUAUUUUUUUGUAUUAAGUAUUUAUUAUUUUUAUCGAUGAUAAAUGGCAUGUUACAUUACUUUAAAUUAAACUGAUAGAAAUUAUAAUUAAUUUUGUUUUAAGGUACAUUUCCUAUUGAUACAACCAAAACUAGACUACAAAUUCAGGGCCAAAUAUUAGAUGGGCAAUAUAAUAAAAUUAAAUAUCGGGGCAUGAUUGAUGCAUUUUAUCAAAUAUAUAAGGAAGAAGGAUUCUUGUCACUUUAUUCUGGGUAUAUUUUUAAAUUAAAUUUAUAAAUUCUAUUAAUGUUGAAAGAAAUUAAUUGUUAUAGAAUUAGUCCAGCAUUAUUACGGCAAUGUACAUAUGGUUCAAUAAAAUUUGGCACAUAUUAUUCAUUAAAAAAAGCUUGUAAUGAUUAUUUGCAAAUGACUGAAGAUAUGAUUGUGGUAAAUUUUACAUGUGCAAUAUGUUCGGGAAUUAUAUCUGCAUCUAUUGCUAAUCCUACAGAUGUACUUAAAGUUCGGCUUCAAGCUUUAGGUCGAGAAAAAGUGGGAACAUAUGUACAGUAUAAUGUUUUCAAAUGUUUUCGCCAUAUUUAUGUACAUGAAGGGCUCGGGGGUUUAUGGAAAGUUCGUAUUUAACAAUACAAACACUGUAUAAUACUGUUUCUUUUACAAUGUGUAAAAUUAAAUAGAGAAUCAUUUUAAUUUAUAGGGUGUUGGACCAACUUCUCAACGAGCUGGAAUUAUUGCUUCAGUUGAAUUGCCAGUAUAUGAUUACUGUAAACAUAAAUUGAUGGUCAUUUUUGGGAAUCAUAUUUCUAACCACUUCAUGUAAGUUAACAUUAUGGUUUUAAAUAUAGUAAAACUAUUUUGAUGUAUACAACCUUAUUUUGAAGUUGUUCAUAAUAUUUUAGAUCAAGUCUCAUCGCUAGCUUCUUUAGUGCCAUCGCAUCAAAUCCUAUUGAUGUUAUCAGGGUAAAUACACAAUUAAUUGAAUUAUAAUGUACAACUUUUAUUUUUGUAAUUUAAACAUUAAAUUUACUUUGAAUAUUCAGUGUUUAACUUAAAAAUUAUAAAUAUAAUAUACUGACAUAUUGUAAUAUGUUAACUAAAUGAAUAAGAAGCUUUAUUUUGAAAAUUAAAAACAGUAUAUGUAGCUGACUGUUUAUUGUAUUUAUUUCUGAUUUGAAAUACAAGUUCUGGAUCAGACUUUUAUCAAUAAUAAUAUUUAAGAAUAAUAGUUUAAAAAUCAUAAUAAUUUUAUAAUUAAAAGUUAUCUAAAGUUAGUAUUACAUUAUACUAUUAACAAUGAAGAAUGAACCAAUUUUUCAGAAUUCAUCUUUAUUUAAGAUUUAUUUAUUGAAGUUGGGUUAUUUUCUCGGAGAAAAAGAGGAGUGCAUAAUAUUAUAUUGACAUAGUAAUGUACAUUUAUUUUAAUAUUAUUUGAUUCUAAAUACAUUCUAAAAUUUCAGACCAGACUCAUGAAUCAAAAUCAAAGUAAUUAUAAUGAGAUUGGUAAUAACCAUAUCUAUAAAGGGAGUAUUGAUUGCUUUUUAAAAGUAUGUACUCUAAUUUAUGCUCUGUAAAUAAAAAUAAUAUUUCCAUUGUUAUGUUUUAGACUGUCAAAUAUGAAGGUGUAUUUUCACUUUACAAAGGUUUUGUUCCUACUUUUGUCAGAAUGGGGCCAUGGAAUAUAAUAUUCUUCAUAAUUUAUGAAAAACUAAAGUCAAUUUAAGUUUUAAGUCUAUUAAAUAUUUAAAACUAAACAGCACUCAAUAAAUUCUACUUAAUUUGUAUUACCUAUCUAUGUUAUACUGAAUCAUUGUAUUGCAUAUUAAAUUGUUGUUUUAAAUUUUUAAAUUAUUAUUUAAAAUAGUUUAUAGUUCUAUUUGUUUUAUAUUUAAUUAAGCAUAUUUAUCUAACAGUUAAAAAUUGUUGAAAAUGUAUACAAAGCCAU